UCUUCUGGCUCCAUAUGGACCAGCUGAUGAGGUUAAGGAGUGGCCUUUUCUUUGGUGCCUAUUAGAUUACUGCUAUCUUCUAAUUUGGCCAAUAACAACAGCGUAAGCAAGUCAGCUGGGUGUGUUGUGUUGGAGUUUCAACUUUGGACCUUUGUGCGAAGGAGCUGAGGAAUACAGUAGAGGAUCCUUACAAAGAGAGAGAGAAGAGUUUCACAGGAACGGAAAAGCAGCAGAAAUAAGGCUGGAUAUUUUAUCUGGAUCUCAGUUCUUUGGGGCGGUUCACCCAAACAGGAAAACUAUGGAGUUCUACUCAGAACCGGGUUGUGACUGCAACGAGCUGCUCGACUGGCUGUUUGAUAAAAACGAUGGGAUUCUUCGUCAUGAGGACACAGGAGAUCACGGCAACCAUCACAUCUGGCCAUUUCAGGAGCCAAAUCAGAUGCUCCAGCCAGCUGAGCAGGCAGGCGAUGAAUUUCUCAAUGCUCUUCUGAGCGGGGGUGACUCAGUGUCUGCCUCGCCGUUGUGGUCUCCGUCUCCCAGUGACAGCGGGAUAAGUGACGGCACGCCAUCGGACCAGAUGGACAGUCCUCAGCGUCCCGAGAGUCCCCCAUACACUCCCUGCUUCAGUACAGGACCACAAACCAAGGCAGCCCUGGAGGCCAAUGUCACCGUCAAUUCCAGUUGCUGGGAGUUCGGCUUCCCUGUGGCCAACACCAGAAUUACACAGUAUCCUUCAGAUGUGCACAGACCCCCACUGUCUUCUGGCUUUCCAAUGACCGUCAAAGAUCUGCUUCUGUCUGGAACAUCAGAGCUGCCCCAGCAGCAAUCCCUGAAGUCCAUCCAGGAACUGAUUCUUAACGAGGAUGAGAAGAAGCUUUUAGCAAAGGAGGGGGUCAGCCUGCCCAACCAGCUACCCCUUACGAAGCAUGAAGAGAGAAUCCUGAAGAAGAUUCGCAGAAAGAUUCGCAACAAGCAGUCAGCCCAGGAAAGCAGGAAGAAGAAGAAGGAGUACAUCGAUGGGCUGGAGACUCGGAUGGCUGCCUGCAACACUCACAACCAAGAGCUGCAGAGAAAAGUGUCCCAGCUGGAAAAAUGCAACAUGUCACUAAUGGAGCAGCUGCGCAGGCUGCAAGCUAUGGUUAUGAAUUCAUCAAACAAGCCAGUUCAGACUGGAACAUGUGUACUGGUGCUCCUGCUGUCCUUCUCCCUAAUCCUGUUUCCCAGUCUCAAGCCUUUCUCGGACACUGAGGUCAGCCAAGGAGACUUCAGUCCAGUCAGAAUUCAGUCACGGUCCCUGCAGAACCUCCAGGCUUCCCGCGUGCUGCAUGCCUUCGACUCCCAGUUCUACCCCGAGGAUGAGUCGGAGCCUCUGCACCAGCAUUCCCCCGGAGAGCAGGGAUUGGAGGAUUUUACUAGGCUGAUGGUGGAGCUGGCAGUAAAACAAGAGCAGACCAGUUUGGAGUCCGUGUCUCUGAACAGCAGUCAGGAGGAUGGCAGCAGUCAUUUCCAUGUAGACCCAAUUACCGGUCACAUAGCCACCGUGACUCUGAAUCCCCACCGCUCUGCCGGGCUACGGCCACAUGCUGAUGACAUGUAACACACAUAAAGAAAAGAGACCCACAUAAAUCUGUCUUACUAGAUGUACUGUCAGGAACUGAUGUUUACACACACAGGGGAAUUAAACUUUGAUCCUUCCUGUUUUAUUAGAUAUUCAACCUUUGGGUCUUUUCUUGUUUUUCUUACAGUUUUUUUAUUAAAAUGUGAGUUUUAAUCUUAUACAGAAAUCACGAGAAUCAGUCAUGUUUUUUUUUUCAACUGUCUUUGAUAAGACUUCAGUGUGAAUUAGUUUUCUAAUCCAUCUCAAAAUGAGCGAAUGGAGUUGUAUCCUUCCGAUUUAGGUCAUUUUAGAAAGUAAAAGUUUAUUUUGCUUGUAAGGAAUUGUUUAGAUUAGGUGAGAGAUAAAAAUCAGAACUCUGUUUUGAUGUUUUUGAUCUUUAAUAAUUAAAGAGCCACUUUGACCCCAAA